AGGCAAGAAGGUACCAAAGAUUGACCAUGGAACUGGAAGUUUCCAGCAUGAGAAGCUCCAGAUUAAGCUGAAUCUUCAAAUUAGAUUUCAAAGCUGGCAAAAAAGAAAGCCAAGAUUUCUAUUCUGUUCUCCCCAAGUAAUCUCCAGCCCUUUCUUACCAAUGGAAUAAUAAGAUUGUUUUUAUUGAGUCUCAUCACAGGUAAUGACUGUGACUGUACUGUAUACUUUCUGUUGAGGAGCUGUGUGGACUGCUCUUUGGGCCAUUCAUUUUUGGAGAUCAUCCUCUGCUGGGUUAUUAAUUGCCUUCUAUUAUACUGUGCAAACAUGUGCUAACUUGUGUACAGGUCACAGCCUCUUUAUCACUAAGGAGAUGUUAUUUGUGCAUUGCUGUGGCCAAACAGUUCAUCAUCAUGUGACCAAGUUGGUGAUGAGUCUUUCCAAACAUAGCUAGGCUGGUGCUUGGGCAACAGACAUUCAGGUCUUUUCCAGGCCUGUGCUUGCAGCCCUUGUAGCUUCUUUGGCCCUGCCAUAUCUUCUGCUUUUGUGAAAUAGCCUCUAAGUAUCCAGGGCCCAUUCAAGGACCCAUACCCUAGGGAGGCAUCAGAGGAUGACCUUAUUGGAGGAGACCUCUGUGAGAUGUACUAAGAAACAGAUAACAGCACCAAGAACAACAGUAGUAACAUAGGAUUUUAAGAAUAUGAUCAUCAUGGUGAUUAUUUUCCUGUUCCUCAUUGGGUCAGCGGUGAUAUUGCAAGCAAAUUCAUGUCUGGAAAAAGAAAUUUCACUUCUCCCACCUGUAAACUUCACUAUUAUAGUAACUGGUUUAUCUAAAGUUCUUUUACAUUGGAAACCAAAUCCUAACCAGGAUCCAAAGAUAAAUGGCAUAAAAUAUAAAGUGAGAAUUAAUACUCCAAAUGAGGAUGAUUAUGAAACUCAAAAGACCCAAAGCAGAAGUGUAAGUGUACUUCACCAGGGAUUUUCAGCAAGUGUGCAGACAAUUCUUCAUUGCGAUUCCAGUUUUUUCCAAAGUAGUUGGGUUUCAGCUGAGCUUCCAGCCCCUCCAGGAGCUCCUGGGACCUCAGUUACGAAUCUGACUUGUGUCACUAACAUCUUGUGGGGUGAUGUGUCUCUCCGUUGCACCUGGUUUGUUGGCAGGAAUGCCCCAGAGGACGCUCAGUACUUCCUGUUCUAUAGGUUUGACAUCUACACUGAAGAAUGCCAAGAAUAUAGAAAAGAUUCAUGGAAUAGAAAUAUAGCUUGCUGGUUUCCAGAGACUGCCAUAGAUAGAAAAGGGCGUGGACAGCUGGCAGUACAUGUUAAUGGCUCAAGCAAACAAAUUGCCAUCAAACCAUUGGAUCAGUUGUUUGACCUUCAUGCUAUUGAUCAAGUGAAUCCUCCAGUGAAUGUCACUGCAAAACUGGAAGGAAACCGUCUGUUUAUACAAUGGGAGAAACCAGUUUCUAACUUUCCUAAACAAUGUUUUGAUUAUGAAGUGAACAUCUACAAUAUAAGAAGGGAUUAUUCAAAGAUACAGAAAAUUCAAGGAAAUUCUUUCAACUUGGUGAUUGAUCCUACUUGUAAGCAUUCUUUAAAAAUAAGAGCUACAGUGCAUUUCAGUUGUAGAAAGAAUGGACUUUGGAGUGAAUGGAGUCAAUCUAUUUAUGUGGGAAAGGAUAAACCAACCCACCUGACGGAGUGGAUUCUGUCUGCGCUCAUGGCUACUGCCUGCUUUCUUCUGUUGAUGCUCUUCUUUAUAUGUCGAAUCUGCCAGGUAUGGACCAAAUUAUUUCCUCCCAUUCCAGCACCAAACAGGAAAGUUAAGGAUCUCUCCUUAAGCAACAUCUAUGAGAAAACCAGGUCCAGUGAAACAGAAAUCGAGGUCAUAAGUUAUGUGGAAGACCCUGGAUUGGACAAUUUGGAUGAUUCUGUAUUUUGAUAUUCACUGAUAUAGUCCAAGGUAAUGCCCUGGGCUGUACCAGGAGAGACAAGGACAGAUGAUUCCUUUGGGACUCAGCCUUCCUUCUGACAUCUUGGUAUUCAGAUUUCAAGUGGCAUCCCAUUGAACUACAACACCCUCCACCCAACUGUAUCUUCCUGGGUUUUUUUUGUUUUUUGUUUUUUUAUUUUUUGUUUUUUUGAAGUGGGACUUGUUAGUCUCUCUGUGAUCACAGCAAGGGAACUGAAGAUGCCCAGGUGCAAGUCAGGUGCUUUCAAUCUUUUGAAGAGCAAGUUUCUAAUGCAAAUGGAAUGUUUUGUUGUUCACAUCAACGCCAAUCCAGGUAUUCUCUUUGAAAGGAUUCAACCAAAGGACUCAGGAAGAAACUAUAUGCAGGCCUUGCUUUUGUAAAUAUGUCUACUGGCCUGCUUACUAAGAAUGAGGUCCAUGAGUUCAAUAGUUCUUUAUGUCUCAAGAGCCAUGGGAACAGUUUUCUUGUGUGUAUACACAUAUAUGUAUUAUAAACAAAGAAUGGUCUGGGGAGUGUGUCUGUGUGGGGGGGUAGGGCCAAGAUGGAGGAGUAAAGGCGAGGACUCGUCUGAGCUCUCCUGAAUUCCCCUCCAAAAAACAUUAAAAUAAUGCCUCAAAAUGAAUUCUGAAGUGCAUAACCAAUAAAAGGAUGGGGUGA